AUGCUGCUGCGGAUGGGGUGGGUGGAGGGGCAGGGGCUGGGGCGGAGGAGCAGCGGCAGCGUGACCCCGGUCGCGGUGAGUGCGGUGCGGCUGCUGGAGGGCAAGGGGAGCGAGCGCUUCAUCACAGUCUCCAAGCGGGAGGGCGGCGUGACAGAAGCUGUCCUCGAGGCGCAGUCCCCGCGCGCUCGCACCCCGCACUAA